CUUAUCAGAUAUCUCAGGCUCCUCAGGACUUCAUCCCUUGCUGAGCGACGAUGAAGAGUGGCCAAGUAAUGUGGAACGCUCAUCCGCCCUUACGAAUUGCUCCCUCUGCUGGCUCCGAACGAGGAAAACACAUCGGGGCUCAUGGCGCGCUGAAGAUGGAGAUGGAGACAAUGAAAGAUGUGGGACUCGACAUAACUUGGGUCUCGGAGCCGGAUCAGAUGCGCUCAACUUACUCAACUUGCUUGGCUUUGAUAUCCGCACCUUUCUGCCGUCGAACCCGGAACCAAAAGCGUGCUUGCUCAGGCCGAUGGCUUCGGGGAAUGCCGCUGUGGGCAACGCUGCACGCUGCACGCUGCACUGGAGAUUUCGCCCAUGAUUCUUCUAUUGCCGUUUUAUUUGCCGUCCACUUCGUGGUCCUGUGACUGUACUGACAUGCCGUGUUCUACAGGAAAAUGUUCAUUGGCGGCCUUAACUGGGAGACAACAGAUCAGUCGCUUAGGGACUACUUUUCGCAGUUCGGAGAAGUGAUCGAGUGCACUGUGAUGAGAGACAGCGCCACGGGCCGAUCGCGAGGCUUUGGAUUCCUGACCUUCAAGGAUCCGAAGACGGUGAACAUCGUCAUGGUCAAGGAGCACUACUUGGAUGGCAAGAUUAUCGACCCGAAGCGCGCAAUCCCCCGGGACGAGCAGGAAAAGACAUCCAAGAUCUUCGUUGGUGGUGUCAGCCAGGAAACGACCGACCAUGAAUUCCGCGAAUACUUUGCCCAGUUCGGCCGCGUUGUCGAUGCAACCCUUAUGAUGGACAAGGACACGGGCCGGCCCCGGGGCUUCGGCUUCGUGACGUUCGAGAGCGAGGCCGGGGUCGAGGCAUGCCUGACCACGAACCUCGAGAUCCACGGCAAGCCCAUCGAGGUCAAGAAGGCGCAGCCGCGCGGCAACGUUCGCGAGGAGGAGGAGGCCGCGCGGCGCGGCGGCGGCGGGAAGUUCGGCCGUAAGGGCGGUCCGGGCGGCGGCGGCGGCGGUGCGGGCUCGGGAAUGGACGAUGGCUCCCAGGCCGGGAAUCAGGGAGCCAUGGCCGGCAUGGCUGGUGCAGGCGGUAUGACGCCCCAGAUCAUGGCCCAGUACUGGCAGCGCAUGCAGCAGUACUUGGCCAUGAUGCAGCAGCAGAUGGCCAUGAACCGCGGCAUGAACAUGAACCCGCAGAUGAUGCAGAUGAUGCAGAUGCAGCAGAUGCAGCAGCAGAUGAUGGCCGCUCAGCAGGGCCGCGGAGGGAGCCAGCCCAACAGCCCCAUGGCCGCCAUGGCCAACAUGAAUCCCCAGAUGAUGCAGCAGAUGCAGCAGAUGAUGAACCAGGCAGGCGGCAUGAACCAGGGCAGCCCGGCCCCCGUAGGCAGCCCGGCCUCAGUGGCAGCCCAGCAGGGUGGCGGCGGCGAAGAGAACCGCGCGGCCUAUAACGCCUUCGAACAGCAGCAGUAUGAACAGCAAAAGUACGAGCAGGAACAACAGGGCCGAGCCAGCCGCGAGCCGCAGGGGUAUGUUGGCGGCAACCAGGGCGGAUACGGCAUGGGUGGUGGUGUGACGUCGUGGGAGGGCAUGUACGACGAUGUGCCGCAGCCCAUGAUGCACCAGGGACCCGGCGGCGGUGGCGGUCGGGGAGGCUUCAACAGGAACAGGGGAGCCCAUCACCAACAGCAGCAGCAACAGCAGCAGCAAGGACCCGUGGAUCCUGCCCAUGCUCCGCCCGCAAACGCCCCCACCGGGCCCAAGAACGCCGGCAAGCCGGGCGCAAACUACCGCGGUGGUGGAAGGGGUGGGGCCAGGGGGUUCCAUCCCUACUCUAGGGGCUAGAAACUCAAAUGCGGGUUUUCCGUGGCGGGACAGUGGGGAGGUGUGCGAUUUUGUGGUUGGCAUGGCAAUAUAAGUCGAUGCGACCUGCCUCCUAUCAA